AUGGAUCAGUUGGAGCAGAACCAUGCUGCUAUGAGGGAGGAUAUGACCACUCUGAAGGCUCAGAUGGGUCAACUUGUUGAAGCCCUACAAGCUCUGGCUGGGGGACAAGAGGAAAUGCGCCAAGCUAAUCUGAGAGCCUUUACUGCCAACCCUGUUGUUGUGACUAUACCGGUGAAUCCACCAGGAGGAGCUGGUACGCCUCCUGUAGCUCAGCCACCUCCCAGAAGAGGUCAAGCUGACUCAGUUUAUGAAGCUUUUGGUCCUUCUCCUAUUGACCUCGAAAGGAGAUUUCAAAUGAUGGAGGAGAGAUUCAAGGCGAUGCAAGGUCCUGUUACCUUUGGGUUGGAUGCUGCCGACAUGUGCCUAGUGCCAGACGUGAAAAUUCCUCCCAAGUUCAAAGUCCCAAGCUUUGAAAGGUAUCAAGGGGUCACUUGUCCAAAUAACCACAUCCGAGCUUUUUGCAGAAAGAUGGCCGCUCAUUCUAAUGACGAGAGAUUCUUAAUGCACUUUUUCCAGGACAGUCUUAGUGGAGCUUCUAUGGAAUGGUAUAUGCAGCUCGAGCGCACACAUAUACGAACCUGGAGGGAACUUGCUGAAGCCUUCUUGAAGCAUUAUCAGUAUAAUUCAGACAUGGCUCCCUAUCGGACUUAG